ACAAAGCAGUCUUGGUAUAAUGAAUCUAUGAGCCUUCAAGAGUGUGAACAAGUUUGCUUAAUGAAUUGCUCUUGUAUGGCUUAUUCCACUCUCAAUAUAAGCAAUGGAGGAAGUGGGUGUUUGAUUUGGUAUGGUGAUUUGGUUGAUAUAAGAACAAUACAGAAUGGGCAAGACAUGUAUAUCAGACUGGCUUCUUCUGAAAUACCAGGGUUAAAAGCAGAACCACAUCAUUCAAGCUCAUUGGGGAGGAAAAUAAAAAUCAUUGUGCUUUGUUUGUCGCUGCUGCUUGUAAUAGUUCUUGCUGGGGUGUAUAUUUUCUUGUAUUUCUGCAAAAGAAAAAGGAAAGAACAAAAGUUGAAGCAAGAACUAGAGCUACCAAUAUUCGAUUGGUCAACAAUAUCAAGAGCUACAAAUAACUUCUCAGAAAUGAACAAAUUAGGUCAAGGUGGUUUUGGAGUCGUGUACAAGGGUGUAUUUGAUGGGGGAGAAGAAAUAGCUGUGAAGAGGCUAUCAAAGAAUUCCAAUCAAGGACUUGAGGAAUUCAAGAAUGAAGUUAUUUGUAUCGCCAAAUUACAACAUCGGAAUCUUGUCAAGCUUCUAGGAUGUUGCAUUAGCAGUGAAGAAAAGAUGUUGAUCUACGAAUACAUGCCUAACAAAAGUUUGGACUUUUUCAUAUUUGAUCAAACAAAGAAAAAGUUGAUUGAUUGGUCUAAACGCUUCAACAUAAUUAAUGGAGUUGCGCGAGGGUUAUUAUAUCUCCAUCAAGAUUCUCGACUAAGAAUAAUUCAUAGAGAUCUCAAAGCUAGCAAUAUUUUGCUUGAUACUGAUUUGAACCCAAAGAUAUCAGACUUUGGCUUGGCUAGGAGUAUACUAGGAAAUGCAACUGGAGAUAACACAAAACGAGUUGCUAGAACACGUGGGUAUAUGUCUCCAGAAUAUGCCGGGCAUGGAAUCUUUUCUGUUAAAUCAGAUGUGUUUAGCUUUGGCAUUUUAGUACUUGAAAUAGUCAGUGGUAUGAGAAAUAAUGAGUUUAUCAAUGAAGAUCAAUACGUGACUCUUCCUGAACAUGCAUGGAAGCUUUAUAGAGAAGGAAAAUCAAUUGCAUUGGUUGAUAAGCAUAUAGCGGGUUCAUAUGAUGUAACUCAAGUUCUAAGGUCAAUCCAUGUCGGCCUUCUAUGUGUGCAACAAUCUCCCGAGGAUAGACCAGACAUGUCUUCUGUUGUUCAAAUGUUGGUUAAUGAUUUUGCAUUGCCUCAAGCUAAAAAGCCUGGAUUCUUUUUUGGCAAGGAAUAUCCUUCAAGCACACAUGCAAAAAGUUCCCUAAAUGAAGUUACUAUUACGACAUUGAGUCCUCGUUGAAUGUAUAAUUUAGAUUUAUUCAAACUCAAUAUGAAAAAAACUUAGUAAAAGAUAUCCUAGUUAGAUCAAUUGAUGCUUACAAAUUUGAAAUGCACAUGAAUAAGAUAUGUGAACAUUAUUUUUGCAUA